GGACGCCACGCCACAGAACGCUCCCAGCCAGCCCCUCUCGCGUCCGCCGCGGCGCCUACCCAGUUCACCGGCGUUCGUGCGCUCGUGCCGUCUCGAUCCUCCGGCCCACCCCGCGGCGGCGACCAUGGCGGAUCAGCUCACCGACGACCAGAUCGCCGAGUUCAAGGAGGCCUUCAGCCUGUUCGACAAGGACGGAGAUGGUUGCAUCACAACCAAGGAGCUGGGAACGGUCAUGCGCUCGCUGGGGCAGAACCCAACGGAGGCUGAGCUCCAGGACAUGAUCAAUGAAGUCGAUGCUGAUGGCAACGGCACCAUUGAUUUCCCAGAGUUCCUCAAUCUGAUGGCUCGCAAGAUGAAGGACACUGACUCUGAGGAAGAGCUCAAGGAGGCCUUCAGGGUGUUCGACAAGGACCAAAAUGGCUUCAUCUCUGCUGCUGAGCUCCGUCAUGUCAUGACAAACCUUGGUGAGAAGCUAACCGACGAGGAGGUCGACGAGAUGAUCCGUGAAGCUGAUGUUGAUGGUGAUGGCCAGAUCAACUACGAGGAGUUUGUCAAGCAACUACCACACACAGUCCUGGCCUUUUUAAGGCUUGAAACUACCUGUCUUCCGUGCUGUGUGCUUGGAAGAGUAGAACCCAUGGAGCAGGAGAAGAAAUAUAAGGUGCUCUGCUUACAUGGCUUCCGGACAAGUGGGAGCUUCUUGAAGAAGCAGAUCAGCAAAUGGCACCCUUCCAUCUUCGAACAAUUUGAAAUGGUCUUCCCUGAUGGUAUGUACCCAGCUGGAGGGAAAUCAGAUAUAGAGGGCAUAUUCCCCCCACCAUACUUUGAAUGGUUUCAGUUCAACAAGGAAUUCACCGAAUACACAAAUCUGGAUGAGUGCAUUUCAUAUCUGUGUGAUUACAUGGUGAAGAAUGGACCUUUUGAUGGCCUGCUUGGAUUCUCCCAGGGUGCAACACUUUCAGCCCUUCUGAUAGGCUACCAAGCACAGUGCAAGGUGCUAAAUGAUCACCCACCAAUUCAGUUCAUGGUAUCAGUAUCUGGGAGCAAGUUCAGGGACCCAAGCAUUUGCGAUGUGGCCUACAAGGCCCCGAUCAAGGCAAAAUCUGUCCAUUUCAUUGGAGAGAAGGACUGGCUGAAAGUACCUUCUGAGGAGCUGGCUGCUGCCUUUGAUGACCCUCUCAUCAUAAGGCAUCCCCAGGGUCACACUGUCCCCAGGCUUGACGACGCAUCCAUUAAGCAGCUUUCUGCAUGGAGCUCCAGCAUCCUGGAAGACCUCAAGAGUUCAGACGCUCCUCUGGUCUCGGAGUCGGUGAAUCCGUCCGGUAAGGAAUACGUUGGUACGGAGACAACAGAAAACCUGGUGGAACAAGUUGCAGCUUGAGGCAGUAGCUGAACUAUGCUGGUUGAGUGUGGUGGUGGUGUCUGAAGCCUUGUUGUUUGAUUGCUUUACCCAGAAUACUUGAUGGAACUUGUUCACCCAUAUCUGUCGUGAUUUGGCCAGUAUUGUCUCACUAAGAUGAGAGAAUAAAUCAAUUUUGCUGAAUCUGAA